GCAGCCCUGGUACUACGGCUGGGGCUUCAAUCUGCCCAGGGGUCAGGCUCUGCUGGACAAGUGGAACCAGAUCCCCGACUCCACAGACAUCCUGGUCACACACUGCCCCCCGCUGGGUUUCCUGGACUGGGUGCCUAAGAAGAUGCAGCGGGUGGGUUGCAUGGAGCUGCUGAACACCGUCCAGAGGAGGGUGCAGCCCAAGCUGCACGUGUUCGGACACAUCCACGAAGGCUACGGCAUGAUGACAGACGGCACCACCCACUUCGUCAACGCCUCCGCCUGCACCGUCAACUUCCAGCCCAUGAACCCGCCCAUCGUCUUCGACCUGCCCAAUCCCAGGACCACAUGACUGGGGAAGACCCGCCCCCCGAGCCCCACCUCCGCCAAUCACGGGGGAGGUGGAGAAUGGAAGUAGAUGUUGCUGAAGCCAAGCAUGAUUUUUUUGGGGACGCAGAUUGUGUGUGUCUAUGAGUGUGUGUGUGUUUGGGUGUGUGUGUGUGUGUCUGUCUGUCUAUGUAUGUGUGUUUGCGUGUGUGUAUGUUUGUAUGUGUGUGUGUGUCGUGUGUGUGUGUGUGUGUGUAUGUCCCUCAAGUGCAGACGUGUGGGGAGAAAACCUCUUAACUUGAGACGCAAAGGACGAAGUAUAACUGCAGUUAUUGGUGUACUUUCCGUUGUGGGUGCAGUAAUUAACCACCAACAGUCGUUAGUUAAUAAACCUAAUGUUCAGUAAUGGUUAAUUAAUGUUAAACCCGUGUGUUAAAGAGUUAACCUUUUUUUUUGGGGGGAUUUUAUUUUUCUCAUCCCAUGAUGCAUCACUGUCCUCAACAUCCCCCUCCCUUCACCUGGGGUCUCACCUUUGACCCCGAGCUCUUCCUUGCUUUCGGACCACUUGAACUGAGGGAGCAAACGGGGCUACAAGCUUUUGGGACAGAGUGUAAUGCAUAAACACCUUGGACAGAUGCAUUAUGGGAAGGUGUUUUUGUUGAGCCCGUUUGCGACGGGAGGCUUUGUGUAUUUAAAUGUUGUGUAACCAGUGGGUGUAGAUGGUGUCUGUCCGUUGUUAACACACGACAUGUCGAACACAGGAUCGUGUCUGCAGAUUCUUUCUCUUUCAUUUGGUCUUCUUAGGAGAAACGUCGAUGUUUGAGACUCACUCUUCAGAGAACCCGGGAAAAAGGAAAAAUUAUGGAAAACAUGGGAUGCAUAUAAACUGUAUAUCACCAAGAUGAAUGUUUAUGCAAAAAAAAAAAAACAGGGAAUCCGAGGUAUUUACUGUUGAAUAAAGCAGCAAAAAACAUGGAAACCCCCUUUAAGAUGUUUUCUGUUAAGAAGUGUCCGGGUUCGAUUCCCGGACGUUCUUCUCUGUGUCCCUUGGCACACUAGCUGUGCUGUGUUCGUGUUUCCUUACCGUUCUUGAGGCAUGCUGGAAGAAGAACACCUUCUGAUACUUUGACAAUCUAACUAUGAAGUGUUUGAUCUGAAAAUGAAUUAAACCCACCUUCUGAGUGAGCGGGAGUGUGUGUGUGUGUGGGUGGGUGUGUGUGUGUGUGUGUGCGGUCGCUGGUGUUUCACACACAUUCUAAGAUGAUUGAUCACAUUUUCCACACUUUAUGGCAGAUGUGGCCUGUCAGUAUUUUUGUCAAUAAACUCUUAUUGACAAAUGAAAAGCACUUUUAUGCUUUGGGAAUGCUGGAGAUAUUGUUUAUUAUUUAAAAAAUGUAAAAAAAAAAAACUACAGGUAGAUUUCUUUGUUGUGUUUUUCCUAAAUGGAAAUCCGCCUGAUUUCUGACAGACUCCAGAUGAAUCGAACUCUGAUGUGGAAGCUUCUCCAUUCUGUUGUGUUUUUAAUUUGUUAUCUUACUUUAAAACGAGCUGCGGAGACGUCCUAUCUGUGGACGGACGUGAGCGCGCGCUCACCGCUGAAACUCCCCCUGCCACGUCCACACUGUACAGAAGCUUUUCUUAAAAAAUUACCUUCAAGAAUUUCUGCCUCUCUUAUUUUUCUCUUCUCUGAUGAAAUAAAUUGAAUAAAAACGUAACUGUGA